GAACACAACACCCCGGGAACACCAUCCACACACCGGGAACAGCAUCACUACUCGGCAUUAUCUCUGGGAAGAUAUCUGUCGGGAAGAGCGCCGGGAACGGGCGAGGAACCCGGAGUGAACCCGCAGCAUGGUGUCACCGGUCACAGUGGUUAAGAGCGAGGGCCCGAAGCUGGUCCCAUUCUUCAAAGCCACCUGCGUGUACUUUGUACUCUGGCUCCCAACCUCCAGCCCAUCGUGGUUCAGUGCGCUGAUAAAAUGCCUCCCCAUCUUCUGUCUUUGGGUCUUCCUGCUGGCUCACGGAGUCAACUUCCUGGGAACCCACCCGAAUGCGUGGAAAAUCCUGGUGGGGCUGAUCUUCUCAGCCCUAGGUGAUGCUUUCCUGAUCUGGCAGGAGCAAGGUUACUUCGUUCACGGUCUGCUCAUGUUUGCCAUCACUCAUAUCCUCUACACGUCAGCCUUCGGAUUAAAGCCUCUAAACCCUGAACCAGGCUGUGUGGUGGUGAUCAUCUGUGGCCUCUCCUACUCUCUGCUCUACCCUUACCUAUCCGGCCCCUUCACCUACCUGGUGGGGGUGUACGUGGCCCUGAUUGGCUUCAUGGCCUGGCGGGCCAUCGCGGGCUUUCAGCUCUUCAACGACCUGUGGACGUGGACCAAGCUGUGUGCCUGCCUGGGAGCCGUGCUCUUCAUGGUCUCUGACCUGACCAUCGCCGUCAACAAGUUCUGCUUUCCCGUCCCGUACUCCCGGGCCAUCAUCAUGGCCACUUACUAUGCUGCCCAGAUGCUCAUCUCCCUCUCGGUGGUGGAGUGCAAGGAGGAGGACAGCCUCAGGAAGAGGAACUAACCUGAGUACAUCUCCUUUCCCCGCCCGGGACCAGGGGAAACAUUCCCGGUUCCAAUGGUCACACUUGGAUGUAGAUGGUUGGGAAGCUUCCAUUUGGAACCAAGCACUUCGGGGAGGGGUGAGAGGAGCGAGGGGGGAGUUUAGAGGUCAUUUUUACACGAUUACUGGUUGGAUCGUUGGGUCACAUAUCUGGAGCUGAUAGGACACCUGGAGGGCAAGGGUGACAUGUGGAGGUCAAGGGACUACACUACAGCUACAGCUGUACUAGUGGAAAGACGCCUCCUUUGAGGGUUUAUUUUAUUUUGUGCUUUUGAAGCGGCUUCGAGUGCCAGGUACUUUCCAACGGGAACUGACCUGAGAUUGUCUCAUUUCAUUGUCACGUGACAACAGGAGCAUCAGACACAAGAUGGAGGACUUUCAACCACCAACCGGUUCAUCCACACAUUGUCCUCCACCCAGUGAUACAUCAGGGCUCCAGUAUGGGGUACAUGGGUAGCGGUAUAUCGGGCACUGCCCAGUGCUCACUCAUCUGCCACAUGCAUGUGAUGUCUAGUUGGACCAUAUACUCUUAAAGGGAAAGCGCUGAAUUGCCAUUUGUCUUACAUGCACAGGACCCCACCCCCACACCUCCUGCCGACUCAAUCCUCCGUUACGAUCUAGGCACAAGUCUCGAAACACUUUACAGCAUUUAUGUAAAGGGCCCUUUACUUUUCAAAUAUCUAUUCCUCUACCUCCUUUUCUGUACCGGUCUGUCUGUACUUUCGCUGGGGCAGGGCAUUUUACAUUCUCACCACGGUGACGUGCUCUCCCCCGAGGGACGGUCAACUUUGGGGUUGAGUUGGCUGAAGGUGACACGUUUGGCAACGGAAGGUUGAAAUCGAGCCCACCCUCUGUGGCGUCCUCAGUUGUCUGGUUCCUGAGCCAGCCGUGUCCGUAGUAUUAUAGAGCCCUACUGAUGACAGCCCAGUCAGCCUGGCUUAUUGGCAGGACUUGGAAGGG